UUAAUAUUGAUUUCUAAUCCAGAUUAGUUUCUAGUCAGUGUGCUGCCAUGUUCACAGUGUCACAGUGAUUUGUCACUGAAUUCUGGUAAAACAUGGUUAAACAAUGUCUAUAGACUUUAAACUUUAAAAUCUUAAUAUCAUGCAUUGUGUCUUAUUCAUAAGCCUUCGUCCUUGCAAAAUGAGUACAGUAUAUUGUGUUCUUUUAAAGGCCAGUUACAAUCAUAACAUGUAGGAGCUUAGACACAAGACAGAAUAAGGGCAUUAUCUCUGUGAUAAUGGGAGCGUGGUGGUGUUUUGUUUUAGAUGGGGCCUCAGAGGUAAAAAGAAAAAGGGUCAGACAAGAUUUGCCUAGUCUUUAGUUCUGUCCCAUCUUCACUGAGCUCCCGGAUCUGUCUGUUUACUCCUUUAUUUGGUAACCAAAUAAAGUGCAAAAUGGGAGAGUGGGACGUCCUUGGGCGGUUGUUGGACAAGGUGCAGAAACACUCUACGGUGAUUGGGAAAAUCUGGCUGACUGUGCUGUUUGUCUUCAGGAUCCUAGUCCUCGGAGCCGGUGCUGAGAAAGUGUGGGGAGAUGAACAAUCUGACUUCAUCUGCAACACCCAGCAGCCAGGCUGUGAGAAUGUUUGCUACGACCACGCCUUCCCCAUUUCCCACUUACGCUUCUGGGUGCUGCAGAUCAUCUCAGUGUCCACUCCAACACUAGUCUACUUGGGCCACGUUCUGCAUGUCCUUCACGAGGAGAAGGAAAUGAGAGAAACCAUAAAGAAAGCCCAGAAUGAACAAAUCAGCAUGUUUCUCAAGAAAGGCUGCAAAUUUCCCAAAUACAGCAAUGAAAAGGGCAAAGUCAACAUCCAAGGCCGGCUCCUGAGAAGUUAUAUCCUGAAUUUGCUGGUAAAGAUACUGCUUGAGGUUGGAUUUAUACUGGGCCAGUAUUAUUUGUUUGGCUUCACCCUUCACGCCCAAUACGUCUGCAGUCGUUUCCCCUGUCCGCACAAGGUGGACUGCUUCCUGUCAAGGCCGACUGAGAAAAAUGUCUUCAUUUGGUUCAUGCUGGUCGUGGCCUGUGUGUCGCUGCUGUUGAACCUCGUUGAGUUUUUUUACCUGUGUGUCAGGAAGGUCAACGAGUGCCUUAAUCGAAAAAGGGACUAUAUUGUGACCCCUGUGACCCCUGCUGUGACCAAGAAGAACUUUGACAAAAAAGGUCAAGUGAUCCAGAACUGGAUGAAACAUGACAUACACCUCCAUACAAAAGAGCCUGGCAGUGACUUGGCUAAGAACAGGGUUUUAGAAGACCUCAACACCAAUGAUGUGUUGGAGGAGGUGCAUAUCUGAGCAGCAAGUCUCUGUAAACACAGCCACUCACAAGGCCGAAUUGUGCAAAUAACCGUGGAGUUGCAUGGAGUUAGUCUGACCUAAACCAUGACUGAGUAACUCUGGCACAUGCUAGUUUUGUGUUUGAUUUUAAAUAAUUUUUAAAUAGAUAUUGCCACAUUUUUGCUCUGUCAUUUAUUUCUGUUACUUAAAAAUCUGUGGAUCCAUGCUGAUUCGUUCUUGGUUGAAUUCUUAAUAA